AUGACAUGCAAAUCUAUUCUCUCGGUUAAUGCCGGAUCGUCCUCGGUGAAGAUUACCUUCUACACCUUUGAGCAGCCUCCAAAGGUCGUCGCCAAUGCACAGAUUUCGGGGAUCACAGCUCCUCCGGCAACACUGAAAUACACUCGAGGAUCGACGAACCACAAGGAGCAGCUCAAGGAGAAUUUGAGCACGCCGCAGGAUGCUUUCAAGCUCCUUCUGCAGAGGUGUUUCUCUGAUCCAAGCCUAUCCGAAGUUACUAGCAGUGAUGAUCUGGCAUUCAUUUGCCAUCGGGUUGUUCAUGGAGGAGACUAUGAGCGAUCGGUAGUGAUCACCAAUGAAACCUAUCACCACUUGGAGAAACUCGAGGAUCUAGCCCCACUACACAACUUCUCUGCUUUGGAGAUCAUCCGACUCUGUAGAAAGGAACUGCCUUCGGUGAAAAGUAUCACAUUCUUUGACUCUGCCUUCCACCAGACUCUGCCCGACUAUGUAAAGACGUACCCAAUUAACCAGGAUACCGCGAAGGCAAAUGGUCUCCGGAAAUACGGGUUUCAUGGCAUUAGUUAUUCCUUCAUCCUUCGCUCGGUAGCUCAGUUUCUCGGAAAGCCAGUGGAACAGACUAACGUGAUUGCCAUGCAUAUUGGAAGCGGUGCUUCUGUAUGCGCGAUCAAGAAGGGCAAGUCCAUUGACACUUCAAUGGGCCUUACACCUUUGGCUGGCUUACCAGGCGCCACCCGUAGUGGUGAUAUUGACCCAUCGCUUGUGUUUCAUUACACCAGCGAGGCAGGAAAGCUGAGCCCUGCGAGCACUAAAGAAAUGCAUAUCAGCACGGCUGAAGAAAUCCUUAACAAGAAAUCCGGAUGGAAAGCUCUCACUGGAACUACAGAUUUUGCCCAGAUAGCCGUUGAGAAUCCUCCAAGUCCGGAGCAUAAGCUUGCUUUCGACAUUCUCGUCGACCGUAUUCUGGGAUAUAUAGGUAAUUACUUUGUCAAGUUAGAAGGAAAAGUUGAUGCACUCGUUUUCGCCGGCGGAAUCGGUGAGAAGAGUGCCUUACUGAGGAAAACUGUCGUCGAGAAAUGCCAGUGCCUGGGGGUAGCUAUUGAUGCAUCAGCUAAUGAUAAAGGGCCGUCCGACGACCAAACGGUGAUGGAUAUCUCCGAUGUAGAUGAUAGUGGACCGCGCGUAAUGGUCUGCCAGACAGAUGAGCAGUUCGAAAUGGCAUAUAAUUGCGUUUUAGCACACGGAAGUAAUAAUGGAUCAUGA